AUGGCGUCUCCUGUUAAAGUAAACGAAGAAGUUGAUCCUGUAAAAGAAGAUUUUGCUGAUUUAUUGACAUGUUCUAUUUGUCUUGAAACAUUUAAACAGCCAAAGUAUUUACCGUGCUUACACACCUUCUGUGAAACAUGUAUAAAUACCUAUAUUGUUUCAACCGUGAAGGAUGUACACACAAAUGAAUUCAAAUGCCCAGUUUGUCGUCGCCGUGUUCCUAUUGGAGACAAAAUGGAGAAACCUGAAAGGUGGGCUAGAAAUUUGCCGGGAAAUCAUUUUGUCGUUUCUAUGAUUGAUAGAAGAUCAAUGAAGAAAGCCGAGAAACUUUGCGAUGCUUGUAGUCGUAAAAAUGUUUCUCAGAAGGCAAUAACAUGGUGUACGGUUUGUGAGGAGGCAUAUUGCGAUACAUGUGAAGCCAAUCACAAAACUUUCAAAGUGACGCUUAAUCACAAGAUAGUUCCGAUCAAAAAUAUAAAUGAAGAUACGCCUAUUUCAAAUAUUUGUGCGUUUGUUGCUUGCGACGAACACCCAGAUAAGAUAAUUGAGAUAUACUGCAACGAUCAUUUCCAACCAUGUUGUACCAUUUGUGCUACUGUACAUCAUAGAAAAUGUGAACAAGUUAUAACUAUAGAUAAAGCUGUAGCCGGUGUUAAGGAAUCGUUAAAAGCAAAGGAACUUUUGACGAAAUUGAAAGAAACAAGUUUUAAACUAGAAGAAAUCAUUCAAAACCGAAAUAAAAAUUCAGCAAAUUUAAAAACAGAUAUAGAUGUUGUCUUAGUCGAAAUAACAAACAUGCGUAAAAAGUUGAAUGAAAAAUUGGAAAAACUAGAAAACAAAAUAAAAGAAGAAGUAAACAGUGCUAGAAAGGUCAAUGUUCUCAGACUAAGUGAAGAGUCUACUAAACUGUCUUUUCUGAAGAGUACCUUUGAUCAUUGGCAGAAUUUGUUUGAAGCGUGUUUAUCCCAGGGAUCUGAAGUACAAUGCUUGGUCAAAAUGGAGGAGAUUUACAGGAAAAUACCACAAUUAGAAAAUGAUUUGUCUAAAGUUAUACAGGGAAUAAAGGACAUAUCGAUAAAGUUCGAAGCUACAGAUUUUAUUUCAAACACUGUUAGUUUCGGUCGCCUUCUUUCUACUGAAAAAAGACCGUCUCUUCCCGGAUUCAAGACUGUAAAUUUUCAAACUGGAAAGAUAAAAGUUAUGUUUACAAUCGACAUUAGAGGUAGUUUUAUCAGUGGUAUAUUCCUUAACGACGAUAUCAUUAUAACCGACUAUAAUAAUAGAAGGGUUGCGUAUCACGACAAUACCGGCAAACAAACGGGAGUAUUGAGCGUUCCGAACGAACCAACUGAUGUCACUAAGGUGAAUGAUCAAACUGUAGCCGUGUCUUCUUAUGCACAGAAGAUUUUCAUAAUUAACGUUAAACCGUUAACAUUAGUAAAGACCUUAGAUACAAGUGUUCCAAUGUGGGGACUAUGUUUGGUGGAUUAUGAGUACAUUACUGCUUCUGACACUAACACAAUUUCUUGGUUAAACUCUGAAACGGGGGCUAAGAUAAAAGAAUUACAAAAAGGAUGCGAUACUAGAUUCGUGACUUGUUACCAGAAAAAUGAGUACAUUUAUAGGAAUGGUACUUACUCUAUUGAAUUAGAAUCAGCUGGAGGUAAAGGUUUCCAAUAUAACCAUAGUAAUUUGAGAUCGUUUAACCAGGAAAUUGACCAAGACGGGAAUGUAUACGUUGUAGACUACGAUUCAAAUAAUAUCCAUCAGCUGACCCCAACUGGACAACUUAUCCGUAUCAUACCUGUAUCAGAUAUCGACAAUACAGUAACAUGUCCCUGGGUGAUGCGCUUCAAACGAAAUACUAACCGGUUCCUUUUAACGUUCCAUGCAUCGCGUGCUCCAGUGCUAGUGUGUGAAAUUGAUUAA